AUGGACAACACUGUCGGUGGAACAAUCUCCUAUCGUCAGGUCACCAGUGGUGGACUCUUACUAGCAGCCUCAAACAACAUAAACCAGUAUUUUCCUAAUCUGAACUUCACUGCCUCAUGGCUGUUCAUUGCCACUUGGAAUAAAGUACCAUACUUUGCCAGCUCACAGUCGUCCGGCUAUGACACAAGUGAUUCAACUGAUUUCUUUUCAAUUCCUGUCUCUGACAUCACAAAAUUGUCAAACACAAGCAAUGUCAAUGUCACGGGUCGAUGGGUAUUUCGAGUUGACCAUACAUCAGACCACAAUGACCUUUUCUACCCAUUUGGAAAUCAAGACAUAAAGAAUCCCUCUGAAGAUGAUGGAAGCUCUCCAGUAAUAUUACUGGAAAAGCCCUUCGUAUAUUUUGGACGUGUUUAUCGAAAGACUUAUGUUAAUAACAAUGGGGAUUUGACAUUUGAUGGGCCUCUUUCACAGCCGAAACCCAGUAAUUUACAGUCGCAACUCAACAGAGACAUCAUUGCUCCACUUUGGACAGACAUGGACAACACUGUCAGUGGAACGAUCUCCUAUCGUCAGGUCACCAGUGGUAGAAUCUUACUAGCAGCCACAGACAACAUAAACCAGUAUUUUCCUAAUCUGAACUUCACUGCAUCAUGGCUGUUCAUUGCCACUUGGGAUAAAGUACCAUACUAUAACAACUUACAAUCGAGUUCAUCUUAUCAAGUUGUUUUGGUCUCUGGUGGCUCUCUGUCUUUUGUCAUGAUGAACUAUGGAAAUAUCUCCUCUACGGACCAUCGGUUUCAGGCUGGCUAUGGCACAGUCAACUCAACAAAUUACUUUUCCAUCCCUGUGCUUGAUGAAAAUAAGCUCUUCAACUCCAGCAAUGUCAGUGUGUCGGGACGCUGGGCAUUCCGUGUUGAUGGUGGACCUCAGGAAGGAAUUUUCUACCCAUAUGGAAAUGAGGAUACAAAAAACCCUGCAGAGUAUUUUGGAAGUUCACCUCUGAUCCCUCUGGCACAGCCGUUUGUCUACUUUGGAAUUAUUUAUAAUCAACUACACGUGAAUAACAAGGGGUAUUUGACUUUUAAUGGGCCGUUUUACCAGUCGUAUCCCAAUUAUUUUCCUGCAUACUCGACUAGAGACAUCAUUGCUCCAUUAUGGACAAACAUUGACAUUACACAAAAAGGAACCAUCUCUUACCGACUAGUAACAGAUUCUCAUCUCUUGAAUCGGGCAUCAAAAGAUGUAAACCAAUAUUAUCCAAACUUGAACUUCUCUGCUUCAUGGGUUUUCAUUGCUACGUGGGAUAAAGUACCAAACUAUGUAUACAGACAGAAAGAGUCAACCUUCCAAGUGGUUUUGGUGUCUGGCAAAAACAUGUCAUUUACACUUAUGCAUUAUGGUAAUAUCGGCCCAACAUAUUCUGUUAGCUCCGGCUAUGACACAAGUGAGUCAACUGAUUUCUUUUCCAUUCCUGUCUCUGAUGUUACAUACCUUUCAUACACAAGCAAUGUCAACGUCACGGGUCGAUGGGUAUUUCGAGUUGACUAUGCAUCAGACAACAACGGACUGUUCUAUCCAUUUAGGAAUGGGCACAAACUAAACCUGACAAGAGAGGUUUAUGGAUUAUUGAAGCUUCCUUUGCAGACACCAUUUUCUUACUUUGGGCUCACAUACAGUUCUGUUUAUGUUUACCAAAAUGGAUUUCUUACUUUCAACUGGCCACUGUUUCCUUCAAGUCCCCCAACUCUUCCUGCAAAUAUAGACAUUGUUGCCCCACUAUGGACAGAUAUUGAUAACAGUGACGUUUACGUUCAAGAAUGCAAGGGUGUCCGAGUACUACAGCGAGCUACAAAUGAUAUACGUCAAUAUUUUCCUAAUACAAAUUUUAGUGCAAACUCAGUUUCUAUUUGUACUUGGGGUAAUGUGAAAUAUUUCGGCACUUCAGCACAGAAUUCCUCUUUUCAAGUACUGCUGAUCUCUGGUUCUGGAUUGUCAUUUAUUGUAUUUAAUUAUGGCAGUAUUCCCCAAACUAAACAUAUUGCACUGGCUGGAUAUGACACUGAUGAUUCAACCAGUUAUUAUACAGUUCCUGUGUCUAACGUCGCUAACCUGACCCACUCCACAAAUAUCAAUGUUAAGGGCCGUUGGGCUUUUCGUAUCGACACUUUGCCAAAAGAACAUGGUCUGUUUUAUCCAGCUGGUAAUCAAAACACUCAGAAUCCCUGUCAAAGUAAUGCAAGCUCACCAGCUUGGCACUUACAAUAUCCUUUCUUGUACUUUGGACGCAAAUACCACAAGAUAUAUGUUGACAAUAAUGGACUUUUGACGUUUGAACCAUUUUAUGAAAGACUCCCCAAGGCUUUCCCUGCCAACUCUAAUAGAGACAUUAUAGCUCCACUCUGGGCAAAGUUUGACUGUAGCGUCAGUGGAAACAUCUCCUACCGUGUAGUAACUCGAGGCCGUAUUCUGGACCGGGCAAGAAAUGAUAUCAAACAGUAUUUCCCUCAGUUUGGAUUCUCAAUACAUACAGUCUUCAUUGCUACUUGGAAUAGAGUGCCGUACUUGAACAGCCCCACAACGGAAUCCUCCUUCCAAGUUGUUCUAGUUAUCUUCAGAACUCUUUCCUUUGUCAUAAUGAACUACGGAAAUAUCUCCUCAACUGACCAAAGUUUUCAGGCUGGUUAUGACACAAUAAACUCAACCAAAUAUUUUUCAAUCCCCGUGACUGAUGAAAAUAAGCUAUUUAACUCCAGCAAUGUCAAUGUGCCGGGACGCUGGGUAUUUCGUGUUGAUGGUGGACCUGAGGAGGGGAUAUUCUACCCAUAUGGAGGUGUAGAGGAUGAGAUGAGCCCGAGGUCAGAUGAUGGAAGUUCUCCACGGAUUCCCCUUCUGCAACCAUUUGUGUACUUUGGACGUGAAUAUGACAAAAUAUUUGUGAAUAAUAAUGGAGACCUGACCUUUGAUGAGCCAUUUUACUGGUAUAAUCCCUAUUAUUUUCCUGCAUACUUGAAUAGACACAUCAUCGCUCCACUGUGGACAGACAUUUAUAAUUAUGAGAAAGGAACCAUCUCUUACCGACAAGUAACAGAUGCUCAUCUCUUGAAUCGAGCUUCAAGAGACAUAAACAAAUAUUUUCCGAACUUGAAAUUCUCUGCCACUUGGGUUUUUAUUGCUACAUGGGAUAAAGUACCAUAUUUUGGAAACCGUGAGGCAGAGUCAACCUUCCAAGUGGUUUUGGUGUCUGGCAAAAACAUGUCAUUUACACUCAUGCAUUAUGAUUAUAUCACUUCCACCCAAAGCGUUGAGUCCGGCUUUGACACGAUUAACUCUACAAAUUUCUUUUCAAUUCCUGUUUCUGACAUUGCAAAUCUGUCAUACACAAGCAAUGUCAAUGUCAUGGGUAGAUGGAUAUUUCGAGUUGACAAUUCAUCAGAAAACAAUGGUAGUUGCAUUAAUACUUCCUCAGAUGAUGUUUCUAGUGCUCUGAUAUGUGGAAGAACCUCAGUUACCACCAGCAGCAGGAUAGUAGGAGGUCAGAAUGCUUCAGCUGGGCGCUGGCCCUGGCAGGCUAGUCUUCUUCGGUUAGGCAGGCACAUCUGUGGAGGUUCUCUUAUCAACAAAGAGUGGGUGCUGUCUGCUGCCCACUGUGUUCAUGGAUACUUGGGGGAUUCAGGAGGUCCGAUGGUGAGCAGGCAGAGCUCUGUAUGGGUUCAGUCCGGUAUCGUUAGCUUUGGGAUUGGCUGUGCUCGACCUGAAACUCCCAGAGUGUUCGUCAGAGUAUCACGUUAUCAGGAAUGGAUCAGCUCCUUUGUGUGCAGCGAUCCUCCAGGUUUUGUGCAGUUUACCUCUGCUGGAGCUGAUCCUGACUACAGUUACAGCUGUCCUGGUCUUCCUCCUCCUCCUCCUACUACUACUCCUCCUCCUUCUCCUACUCCUACUCCUACUCCUUCUCCUUCCUCAUCCACAAAUGAAUCUACAGUUCUAUCUUCUGCAACAUCUCCAUCACAAAAAUUUUGGCUAUUAUGUUUUCUGUUGCUUCUACCAAUACUUGCCUUCAUUUUAUAUGCAAUGAAACACCGUUUGGGGUCAUGCAUUCAAAGAUGCAUUCACUUGAUCAGAAGGGACAAUAAUGACAUUUAUAUCUCUAUACCACAGCCACUUCACGUCACGGCUGCCAUCCCAGAGCCUCUUCACGUCGUGGCUGCCAUUCCAGAGUCUCGUGAUGACACUGAAGCCAUUCCAGAGCCUCAUCCCAUCAUGGCCGCCAGCUCUGAGUCUCUUCACAAGAUGGCCACCAGUCCAGAGCCUCUUCACAAGAUGGCCACCAGCCCAGAGCCUCUUCACCAGAUGGCCACCAGUUCAGAGUCUCCAGCCAUCAUGGACACCACGCCAGAGUCUCCAGCUGUCACGGACACUACGCCAUAG